AGCAUGACAAACAGUUACAAACUUACAGCUGACCUGACCGCUUUUCCUUCUCCUAUAUAUACAUAUAUGCAAAUAUAUAAAUAUAUACACGCACACCUAACCCCGCCCACCAACACUCUCUCCCGCUCCCUCUGUUUCUCAAUCUCUUUCUCUUUCCUAUACAUUCAGCAAAAGAUUGCUCAGCUCGCCAACUUAUCUGUUCAAGCCUCAAGCUCUCAGGCACAAUGACUCUCGACAGCAUUCCGUUGGCUACUAUGGAUCUCCAAAUCGCGGAUGGAGUUCGAAGGAAUGGGACGCAAAUAUGCGCCCCAGUAAUGGCGGAAACAGUCGAUCAGAUGCUGACUCAAGCCCGAAAGGCAAAGGAACUUGGUGCCGACCUUGUUGAGAUUCGAUUGGACUUCUUGAAGACCUUUAAUCCUAGACAGGAUCUCGAGAUCUUGAUUAAACAGUGUCCUUUGCCCACUCUUGUCACUUACAGGCCAAUAUGGGAAGGUGGGAAGUAUGAUGGUGAUGAAAGCAAGCGACAAAAUGCACUACGUCUAGCCAUGGAGUUGGGAGCUGAUUAUAUUGAUGUUGAACUGAAGGUGGCUCAUGAUUUCUACAACGCCAUUCAAGGGAAGAAACCGGCAAAGAUCAAAAUCAUCGUCUCUUCACACAACUAUCAAAAUACCCCGUCUCUUGAAGAAAUUGGCAAUCUUGUGGCGAGAAUACAGGCAACUGGAGCCGACAUAGUAAAGGUUGCAACAACUGCUGUAGACAUCACAGACUCUGCACGUAUAUUUCAAAUUCUAGUGCAUUCUCAAGUCCCCAUGAUAGGAAUUGUCAUGGGUGAGAAGGGUUUUAUUUCAAGAAUACUUAGUGCAAAAUUUGGUGGGUUUCUCACUUUUGGUUCUAUUGAGGCGGGAUUGGUAUCAGCUCCUGGGCAACCAACUGUAAAGGAGUUGCUGGAUUUAUACAAUUUCAGACAGUUAGGACCUGAUACCAAAGUACAUGGUGUUAUUGGGAAUCCUAUCGGUCACAGCAAAAGUCCUCAUCUGUACAAUCCAGCAUUCAAGUCUGUCAAUUUUGAUGGAAUCUAUUUGCCUCUGUUGGUUGAUAAUGUUGCCAAUUUUCUCAAGACCUACUCGUCUCACGACUUUGUUGGAUACAGUUAUACAAUUCCUCAUAAGGAGGCUGGGUUUAAUUGUUGUGAUGAGAUAGAUCCAAUUGCCAAGGAAAUUGGAGCUAUUAGUUGCAUGAUCAAGAGACCUAAUGGAAACCUAAUGGGUUACAAUGUUGACUAUCUUGGAGCAAUUGCAGCUAUUGAGGAAGGACUUCGAGCAUCCAAUGGUGCAAGCCAAGCAUCUGGUUCUCCGUUGACUGGUAAACUGUUUGUCGUCAUGGGAGCUGGUGGUGCUGGAAAAGCACUUGCUUUUGGUGGAAAAGAAAAGGGAGCAAGAGUCGUAGUGGCCAAUCGAACAUAUGACAAAGCCAAACAACUUGCCAGUAAAGUUGGAGGAGAAGCUAUAACUCUUGCCGAAUUAGAAAAUUUCCAUCCAGAAGAUGGGAUGAUCCUUGCAAAUACAACAUCUGUUGGAAUGAAACCAAAAAUUGAGAACACACCCCUUUCCAAGGAAGCUCUUAAACGCUAUUCUUUGGUUUUUGAUGCCAUUUACACCCCCAAAUUGACAAGACUGUUGAGAGAAGCACAAGAGUCUGGAGCCACUAUUGUUUAUGGGACAGAAAUGUUCAUUAACCAAGCAUUUGUACAGUUUGAAAAGUUCACCGGAUUGCCAGCACCAAAGCAACUGAUUCGGGACACUUUGGCGAGAAAUACAUAAGAAAUAUAUGUCUGGUGACUCUUAUUGCAGUUGGACCUAUUUUUCAACAUUACAGCUAUUGCAUUUCAAUUCCUCAAUGUUCCAUCAGAUGUUGCUUCUUCUGUUGUACCAAUAAAACUUUCUUGUGUUCAUGAA